AAAAAAAAAAAGGAACUAUUGAUGAAACAAGAAUGCAUUUGCUGUGGGAGUUUCUACAAUUGCCAAUAAAAAUCUUGUGAUGUGCUUGCAGUUUCCUGUUUUCUUAAUCAGUUGUGUGUCAUGUGGGAGAUACAGCAGGCUAACUACCAAGUACUUGCCAUCAUUCCAAGGUUGAAAUGAUUGAUGUUACAGUAGCUCGUUCAGAGUAAAAGAUUGUAUUAUACAGCAGACUUGUAUUUAAGGAUGGUAAUUAGAUACUUAAUAGGGAAUGGAAAUCAGAGGUUUCUCUCCCUACUCUCAUUACUUUUUAAUUCCUGAAGAAUUAAUAAGUUUACAAGUGGUGUUGUGAAUCUUAGACCCUCGUGUUCUCCACUUAGAACUGUAUGGGUUAAAGAAGUGCCUCUACUUUGUAUGGAGCUGUUUGAUGUUGAAUUAUUUUAGUUCAAGUUGAAAGGUUGAAUUGAGUACAUUAUGUAUGAAUGUGGCUUUGAGUUUGUAACUCAUAAAGAGGGAGGUUAGGCAUCUUUGUCUCUUUUCAUUUGAAAUGGCCCAAAUCAUGUUGCAGUCCUUAAAAUGAGACGUACUCAAGGCAUUGUGUCAUCCACUAAUGAAAUACGGCUGCCUUUUUGAGCUGAUUUUUUUUUUCCCCCCACUGCUUAAUGUAUACAACAGCAUUCUGUGUUUAAGGAUCGGAAUGGAAAAAUAAUACAACUAGUUGAAAAUACUGAUGAAUUGGUAGGUCAGAAUUAAAAUGACCAGGACACAGGGCUCAACAUCCUUACAGUUUUGCAAAAAAUGACGUUGGAUCUCCAAUGACAGCAAACGGUCGUGCUUCUAUUAAACAUCUUCCACAAAAGACAGUUCUGCUAGUGGCUUGUUUGUCAAAAAUAGCAUUAUAGGACACUGGUCCUUUUCUGACUCCAAGAGAAAAGUGCCAUCUCUGGAAUAAUCAGUGAUGCUUUCCAUUGCAUAUUGAUGUUGCUUGGAGAUGUUACAUCCACACACUGAAACAGUCCAGCUUUGUUUAGCUUGUGAGAUGCAACGGGAUAGAACCUGAGAUGGUAUGGCUACAGAGAAUUAACUGUGAGAAACAGUUACCUUAGUUUUGCAUUUUUGCUUGCUUGUGAAGCUCUGCAAGGGGAAGUGAUGUUUUGAACAGUUCUUUUUACUUGCCCUGCAGCUGAGACAAGGGUGGAGGUGGGCAGAACAAAACUGUUUGAAUAUCCAGGUGAUUAAAAUGCCACAGUAUUGCAGAAACCUAUUUCAAUUCUUUCUCAGAGAAAAGUUCGUGGUCUUCCCAUAGUGAGGGGGACUCUUCCUCCGCCUCCUGUGUUCAUCCCACCACUCCAUGUGCACCAACCAAACUUAUCGAGAUUAUCUCUGACUGCAGCUGGAAUGAAGAUUGCAAUAAGAUAUUGACCAUCCUAUCACAGCACAUCAACAGUAACAUGCCACAGUGCCUCAAAGUGGGUAGCCUCAUUAUUGAAUUGGCUUCGGAACACAAGGCUCAGGAUGCAAACAACCCUCCUGUGUACUCCUCCAGAGUGAAAAUUUCAGUGCCAUCCUACCAGGACAGUGAUGAGAAGCCUGAGUCACCUGACUUGGAGACUCCCGAUAGUGGAGUGCCGUCAUGCAAAAAAGCAGAAAAUGUAAAGUUCUUUCAGGCUUACACAUUGGACAAGCUACGGGAGAAGUUGCAUGGGGGCAAAGGCUUGCCUUUUUAUGCAGGAAUUUCUCCUGCAGGAAAGCUGGUUGUCUACAAGCGCAAAGCUAAUAUGAGCCACUCAGGCUUGAUUCAGGUUAAUGAUAAAAGGUAUCCUCAGGCCAAACUGCUUUUGGGACAGAUGGGGGCAUUACAUCCUGCCAGUCGGCUAGCUGCUUAUGUCACAGGCAGGCUGCGACCCACAGUACUUGAUAUCUCAACCCUCAGUACUGUGAUCUCCAAGGUAGCAUCCAAUGCUUCUGGGACACCAUCAGUCCAGGUGCCCACAACAUCAGCUCCCAAAACUACAUCUUCCAUCAGCACUACUUCAAACCCCAGUGUGACGACUCUGAAAGCUCUUAUCCCACCACUGAGACAGAUAGGUAGGUUGGAACUUAUUACUGUAUUUUAAAUUGCGUGAAGGUAAAAUAAAAAGCAAGUGUACAGCAUUGCUGUUGAUUUCUUUGCAACAGUGCCUGCUGCCUUUGGCUGACUUGCCAACUAAGCUGCCUCUGCAAUAAAUAACCUCUCUAAAGCAGAAAGUUUUAUUUUUACUUCAGAAUAAGACUAGAGGUGUUGACUUGACUUCUAGUUAUUUUACUAACAAUACUAGAGCAUAUUUUCAAGAAACAAGGAAGAAGGGAUACAGAUACCUACCCAUUGAGCCUCAAUUUUUGUUUUGAGAGUUUUCUUACUAUGAUUUUUGAUUGCUUCUCAUCAAGCAUUGAAAUUAAAAUGAGGGUUUAAAGUGUGAAAGGAUCGCUCCGAGCUGUAGUUCCUCAAAGUUUGUUUUUCUGAUGAUGUUGCACUUAGAAUUGGAACUCAUGUGACCAGCGAAGCUGCAUGAAGCAGUGCAGUGAAAUACAAGACGUCCCAAGUCUGGAUUAGCAAAAGAACAGGUGUGCAGCCGAUAACUACUGGCCUGCAGUCUCAUUGGAUUUCACAAGCUAAACAGGGUUGGACUUAGUCAGCAC